CGAGAGAGAGCGAGCGAGCGAGUGAGUAACCUGCAGGAAGACUCACAUGGUCCUGCAGCAGAAACACACAGAGACACUGCGGAGUCUGUCCACGCUCUCUCUCUGUAUCAUACACGGCUCCGAUCCAUCCUCUUCUCUUCAAACACUCUACUGUCUUUAUUUGAUUUUUUUUUCUCCCCCGCCGCCACUUCCCUUCUCCUCCUCCUCUUCCUCCUCCUCCUCCUCCCGUAGCCCAGUGUCGGUCACACUCGGGCCGGUAAAGCAGCGCCAUGGCUCGGGAGAACGGAGACACCGGCAGAGGAGAGACGUGGAAAAAACAAGUCGACGACAUCAAGAAGAUAUUUGAUUUGAAAGAACUCCUUGGCACAGGAGCCUUCUCAGAGGUGGUCCUGGCCCAGGAGAAGCUGACUGGACGAAUGUUCGCGGUGAAGUGCAUCCCCAAAAAGGCUCUCAAGGGGAAGGAGAGCAGCAUCGAGAAUGAGAUCGCUGUGCUGAGGAAGAUCAAGCACGAGAACAUUGUGGCACUGGAGGACAUUUACGAGAGUCCUGACCACCUCUACCUGAUUAUGCAGCUCGUGUCUGGUGGUGAGCUGUUUGACCGAAUCGUGGAAAAAGGUUUCUACACAGAGAAGGAUGCAAGCACGCUCAUCCGACAAGUACUGGACGCAGUUAACUACCUGCACAGGAUGGGCAUUGUACACCGAGACCUGAAGCCAGAGAACCUGCUGUAUUUUAAUCCUCUGGAUGAGUCAAAGAUCAUGAUCAGUGACUUUGGGCUUUCCAAGAUGGAAGGCAGUGGUGACGUCAUGUCCACAGCUUGUGGUACUCCAGGAUACGUGGCUCCUGAGGUGCUUGCUCAGAAGCCAUACAGUAAAGCAGUGGACUGCUGGUCCAUCGGAGUGAUUGCCUACAUCCUGUUGUGUGGUUACCCUCCGUUCUACGAUGAAAACGACUCCAAACUCUUCGAGCAGAUCCUGAAAGCCGACUACGAGUUUGACGCACCAUACUGGGAUGACAUAUCAGACUCAGCCAAGGAUUUCAUCAGCAGUCUGAUGGAAAAAGAUCCAGCCAAGCGUUUCACCUGUGAUCAGGCACUCAGACACCCUUGGAUUGCUGGGGACACAGCUCUCUGUAAGAACAUCCAUGAGUCAGUGAGCCGGCAGAUCAAGAAGAAUUUCGCCAAGAGUAAAUGGAGGCAAGCAUUCAAUGCCACCGCCGUGGUCCGGCACAUGAGGCGGCUGCAGCUUGGCAGCAGUAUGGGCAGCAGCAUGGACUCCUCCAACCCACCGACCAGGCAGAACCAGUCUCAGAAGCUGGCCCAGAGCCUGAGCCAGACAGGCCAGAACCAGUCAGCUCAGAGCCAAAACACAGCGCAGAGCCAGAGCGCCAAUGUAGCCGCCAGCAAAACCUCCGACAACACCAUAGCAGCUCUGCGCAAGGAAUGUGUGACUGCACCGGUCACGCCCUGCAGUCUGGCGUCUACAGCUGCUUCUCCAGCCACCGGGGCAGAGCUGAACCGACCCCAUCCCUCAGCAGUGCCCGCCCCAGUGCUCACUGAGACCAAGUGACGCCAGGCCCCGCGGGGAACCAGCUGGGAGGCCACAGCACUGUGAGGCAAAGAGAAACAGGAGGACAACAGGAUAGAGAAGAAGAUGAUUCUCUUCCUCGUCCCUAUUUUUCACUGUACUUCCUCUUGGAUGCCCCUCAGCCAGUUCCCCGCCCUGCUCCCGGGAGAGCAGAUGACUUUACCUCCACUCCACCAGUUCUAGCCACUCAGCGCCACACUGUACGCCCACCGCCCACACAGCAGAACAGCAACAGCACAGCUACUGACUCUCAUUGUGGAUCUUUCUGCUGCCAGCUGUACUUGGUGACUGUGUGAUGAUGAGGGUCCACUGCUCUAAACUUGAGCAGGAGGUUUGGUGGAUUCAUAUUAUUCAAUGUCAGUCAACUUCAACUUCCCUCUUGAAUCUGGUCUUUCCUGUUCCACUUUAUUAAGCUUUAUUCCAAUUUUUGGUUUAAUUGUUGGCAACUGGAUAUUUUAAUUUUUUACUACUACUAUUAUUGUUGUUGUUGUUGUUGUUUUAAAGGAGCUAUAUGUAACAUUAGACAAAUAGAUAAUUGAUCAUUGCCAAAUUGAUAGUGCUACUUUGGUAUUAUGACGACAAAAUUGCUAUAAAUUCUACAAGUGUUUCUCAAAACUAAGACUCCAUUUCCCAUGAUCGCAGUAUUUCACCUUAGCCCUAUUUCCACCACGAGGUACAGUUCAGGAUGUCACGUAGUUAUUUAUGUUGUUAUUGUCAAAAUUUGUAAAGGGUACAAAAAUAACAGCUGUGUGCCGUCCCACUUUUUGGCCCCCUUUUGUUUGGGUCCCUAGCACAGUGGUCCAGCACCUAAAGGGUGGAAACGGACGCACUGCAGUCUGUCGAUUGGUCGAUAAAGAACCCUUUCCUUCGGGCAACAACGGGAACGGAAUUGGGGGAAAAAAACAAAACGUUAUGUACUGUGCUUUACCACAGAAAGAGGACUCAAAGCCAUUAUUUUUCUUACUGAAUUUACUUGCGGGCUACACUGUUGUGCUGGUAUGAUGUCAUGCUAUUUAUGUUGAAGACGCACAGGCAUGUAGCCUAUACACCGUGAGCUGCACUGUACUGGGUGGAAAUGUAACUAUUGUUUCCACCAUCACUACAUUUCUCUGUCAUCGGCACCUGUAAAGCAAUCAGUACGAUUUAAAAGUGAAAAAGAGGCUGGCAAAGUUCUUAGUAACAACCUCACAUGUUAACACAAAUUCUACUAAUGUUGGAAACAAAUGUUAGUAGAAUUUAGUAGUUAGUAGUGAUUAUCCAUGUGAAAAAUGCUACACAUAGCACCUUUAAGACCUUUUUCUAUGUUCUUAUGGGCUUGUCCAUCUGUUUGUUUGUGCUUAAAGAAGUGCUUUUAAAGAACCAUACGACUGUUGAGAUGUGAAAACAUGAUUAAGCGUUUUACCUAUUUUGCACAGAGAGGUCCAGAUGUGUUCUCAGAUACAGAUUUGCGGCACUCCACUUAUGUUUUUCAGGCUGAGAGUUUAGAUUGUAAAGCUUUAUGAAAGAGACGAUUUCAAAGCAGUGUACUACUUGUUUGUUGUCUGAAACAAUUUAGUUUUUUCUUCUUAAUUUGUAAGUAUUUUUAACAAUCUCCCUUUAAGAGUUACAUAUACAGGUUGCAGUGAUGCAUGCAGCAAGUUAAGGAUAUGAUAAGAACGACAUGUAUAUAUGAUGAUGAUGAUGGAGAUACAUAGCUCACCAUUUGACUUCUAAACUAUAGAGUCUCAAGUAGCACAGUGCAGUUACACGAGAGCUAUUAGAUACAAAAUGUUAGACUCCAUCUCACAGAUGUUUAACUGCCUGUGUGAAUCUUCAGAUUUUGCCUCAUGUGGAGUCAAAAUCCAAGUCGGAGAAGCUGCUGCCUUUAAUUAUUUGCUUUCACCUUCUAAUGAAGCCAUGAUCUCCACGUCUCGCAUCAUCAAGCUGCGCCCAGUUCAGAAGUGCUCAGGGAAAACAGCUGCAGCUGCACUGUGUGCUGGCAAAAAUACUGGUUUAGUCGUCGUACAGAUGUGACGACCCAGAGCUUAAGAUGUUAGUUGUGUCCUCACCGCAGAAUUAAAUAUUGCCCCGGUUUCAGACUGUACCACAGAAAACUCAAUCGCUAUAAACACUGCUAGUGAAAAGUUUAACCUCAUCACGUAGUUGAAUUUUCGAGUAAUUUGGGAGGUUUUUAGGAAGGCAAAAGACACUGUGUGGACGUGAACGCCUUGUUUAUACAACACUUUCAGUUUAAGCACCUGCAAAAGGUUUUGUUUUGAUGAUGGAUGAGUUUGAGGAAGUCGUUGACAGAACUGAGGAGGAAGAUAUUUGGAUUUACUUUUAGGAAGAGGACAGGAGCUAAAGAAACAGAAGAGUAGGGAAUAAGAUUUUUUUGGUCCUACAGUUGAAGAUAACAUUCUGCAGGUGUGCAGCAGGAGAGGAAAGUGUCAAUCAACACUAUUUUCCUGCCCUUUUCUGUCAAUCGACACAUUUAAAAGUGUCAUAGAGUGGAGUAUAAAUUAGGUUUAAAUCUGAUAAUCGCUGUGUAAUCUGACUUUUUAUCAGACAUGAGUUGAUUAUGACCUUCUCUUGACUUAGAUUUGGCAACGAUAGCUUAAUUAGUGGUUAAUGGCCUUUCAGACAUGACUCAGAAUGCACAAGUGUAACAUGUCAAUCCUACAUAUCACGGUGUCAUGUCUAAAUUAGAUGCAAAAUCUUCUCAUCCCUUUAUUGUGAAUUGUAGCCAAAGACUUGUGAGGGUACAAGGAUAAUUGGGUUUAUUCGUCAGUACUUGACGCAUUAGCUGAAAAGGAACAAGUCAGAUAUAAAGUUGAUAAAGGCACAAGUGAAUUUAAUGAAAGGGCUGAAAUCCAGCUGCAAAUGAAUCUGGAGAGAUUAACGAAUGAAUGACUUUUCCUUACUAUUCUGUUGCCAUUGAUCUUUGUUACUAUCUCCAUAGAGUGCUGCUGAAAAGUAUCUGUGUUUUUUAUGGUAGUUCAUGUGGCAUAUGAGGAGAGUGUGAGGCCACAGUUGGAUGAAAGUCAAUCCCAUUUUUAAAAACAUUGGCUCACUGCAUUUCUGCGUGUAAAGUGCGAUAUUUCACGAUAAGUCCAUGUGCAUUGUCCUAGCAGCUACUCCUUAUUUAACUCAAUACACCUGUAAGUCUAAGGUGUUCAAGAAAAGGCCAGUUAACCUCAAGUUAUUGUGGGGGGUUUUCUGUGCAUAUUAGAAAAAAGUCAGAAGAAAAGCUAACCUGUCAGUGUUCUUUGGUGAAUGGAUUGCAACGCCCACGUCUCGACACAGUCCAGCUCUCAGAAACCUGUAUUUACCGUGACGUUUUGACAAUGAUGUUAAAGAUAGUGAUGUUAUGUGCCGUUAACCACAUAUUAAAGUCAAUCCAUGUAAUGACCCAUGUGCCAUCAAGGGGCAAACUUUUAACCAUGUAAGGGCUUAAUUACAACAAUCACCUUAAUCUGAUUAAUCACUGUAACCAUGUAUAGUACGUACCCAUUUACUGCUAUGCAUUUUCUACAUUUUGAAGUGUUUCUUCAUCAGCAGUUUGAAAAAACAAAGAGAAAAAAACAAGGAAACCGUUUUAGUUUUUGGGGGAAGACACUGAGUCCCUACUUAGUUACUCAUUAUUACCAUUAUUAUUAUUGUUGUUCCUGAAUGAGCUAUGUGAUGUACAUGGUGUUUGUUUGGCACAAGGAUGUUAACGUAUCGUCGGCCAAGACUGUAAACAUACUGUCAUUUAAUAUGAUGUCGUCCACUUGAGUCUGACAUUUUGGGUUUACCAAUGUGUUGUGAGGCAAACAGAGGGUUCAGGUUCAUGCUCCUCUGUGGUUUUGUUUGUUCACUAAAGAUAUGAAAGAAAAAAAAAAUCUUUUCUGAAUGAAUCUUUCUGUACUGAAGAUGCUACUGUAAAUAGAUUGUGAAUAUGAAUCAUCAUUUUCAAGGUAACAUUACGAAUGUUUUGAUUUUGAGGCAUGAGUGAGUGAGUAUGUGUUGAGAGAAGUUGAUUGUAUUCUCUAUGGAAUGUUUAAUGUAAAGAAAAAAAAAAGCUGAAUUCCCCUUUACUUCCCACUGCAGUUGGCUUUUCUAAGCUGUACAGCGCUGUGUGACAGCACAGUUUAAUGCCAUCAGUGUUCCACCACCUCUUCAGUCUCCGACUGAACGUGAAAUCAUCGUUUACCAAACUCAGGCUUACGUUUUUUGCCAUUCUAAAGGAAGAAAUCCAAAGCUGUGAUCAACUCUGAAAUACAGAAGAAGAAAAGAACUCGCUGUUUUGGCUGACAACGAGCCGCUCUCAUCCGCCUGUUACCUUUAUUCUUCUCUGACAUGUUUUUCUUUCUUUCUUUCUUACAAAGACACUGCUGAAGUGCAUUGUCAUAAAGAAACAAAACAUGCAUGUCAGAAAAAAAAAGUGCUUCAAGAAUUCAACUUCACCCUGAGUGUUGGCAUAAUCUUGUAUUCCCUUGUACGAUGUUAGUAUCUCUGUAUUAUGUAAAGACACACACGGGCUGAGAUGCCAGGGUUUAUGUAACUCAGUGGAAAGUUUCAGUUUUACAAACAUUUUUGAGAGGAAAGUGUUUCAGUAAUCUUUGCACUGGCGCCAAUAGACAUACGUAUAUAUACACAGACACAGCAAUAAUGUAAAAAAUAAUAAUUUUAAGAUUAGCCUUUCAAGCUCCAGAUAUUUUCAAAAUACACACGAACAUGGCAAAAAGCAUAUGUAAUUUCUAUUCAUAUAACUUAAGUUAUUAGGUUAGCUUAGCUAGUUAGUUAUAAACUACAAGUUAGAUACUUAGUUUGACUGUAAAGUUAUUUCAUUUUGCUAGUUAGCUUUGCUCAGUUUCCAAUGCACCAUGUUAAGUCAAUAACUAACUUGCUCAGCAAUUUAGUAAUAGGGUAAGUGGAGCUAAGCAAGUUAGUUAUAGACUCUAAAGUCAUUUCAUUGAGCUGCUUAGCUUUGCUCAGUUUCCAAUGCUAAAUGCUAGUCAGUAACUAACUAGCUUAGCUACAUUUGAGUUAUAGAGAAAACUGAGCUAAGCUAAGUAGUUAUAGACUCUCAAGUUAUUUCAGUUAGCUGAUUAGCUUUGCUCACUUUCCAAUGUACCAUGCUAGUCACAAACUACCUAGCUUAGCAAUUCAUUUACAGAGUAAACUGAGCUAAGCUCAAUAGUUAAAGACUAGCAUAAUUUGUUUGAAAGUAGCUUUGGGAGUAGGCAUAAUGGGAACAUGAAUUAAAAAUAAACGACCAAAAUAAUGUUGAUUCACAAUGUUAUUACAGUAAUAGAAAAAGUACGAUUCAAACUCUUAAAUAAAGGCUCUAAGACUCUGAAAUCACUAAAUCUCACAUGAAAUCAAAAAUAACAAAUCAUGACCCGCUGGAAAGAUGCAGUCUCCCCCUGGAGGCAACUCUAAAUAAAUCAGUAGGACUAUAUGUUGGCAAGCCAGGCUAGUCAAUGACAUGACGUAUUACACCUGACAUGCAUCCUGGUAAAUAGGACGUUCACCGCUAUCAACAAACUGAGUGUUUAUUUAUCACCACGAUUAUUAUUAUUACAACUGUGUCUGUCAUGGCCCGUUAAAGUUGGAUUUCCGUGCCACUGUAAAUCUGGCCAGAAGCUGCUGAGCAUUAAAAACUGUACCACCCAAACAAAUGUUUGUAGAACUUAAACUCUACAUGUUGCGUCCCUGGACCUGGCUUCUCCCUGUGUGCGUCCUCGUCCAGCGCUUGCUGACUGUAGCUGGCUGUAUUUACUCUCUGCAUGUGACCACAACUAUUUCCCACCUUGUGCACUGUUGUCACGUCGACGACACCCUCAUGUCUCAGAUCAGGCAAACCCUGAUGCACUUUUUGUGCUGUGAUGAUGAUGAUGACUUUCUGUUAAUGGGGCUUAUAUAUCCAAUGCCUUCGACAAUCAUGUGCACAUAUCAGACUUACAUGGCGUGACGACACAGGAGCGACUGAUUGUGUUUCGUUUGUCUUUUCUCCUGGAAUAAAUCCUGAAUGAUCAUAA